AAGAGGUGCUGGCAACACUGCAGCAGCUGUGUCAGACAACAACAUCUUCCACACAACGUUCUUUCUUUCUCCCUUCGGGGAAACAAUAAAUCUUUUUUUUUUUAGUGAGGCUGAGAGCAGAAUGUCAGGGAGUGUGGACCUCAGCUCGUACAGGGACCAGCACUUCAAGGGUUCAAGGACAGAUCAGGAGCGUCUGUUACGCAAUUCCAGCACACUUUAUGUUGGCAACUUGUCCUUUUAUACCACUGAAGAGCAGCUCUAUGAAUUAUUUGGACGUGCAGGAGACGUAAAACGUAUUGUAAUGGGCCUUGACAAAUUUAAGAAGACUCCAUGUGGGUUUUGUUUUGUUGAAUAUUUCACCAGAGAGGACUCAGAAAUGUGCAUGCGUUACAUCAAUGGAACACGGUUGGAUGACCGUAUAGUACGGACUGAUUGGGAUGCUGGCUUUAUUGAAGGAAGACAGUAUGGUCGAGGCAAGAGUGGUGGUCAGGUCCGUGACGAGUAUCGAACAGACUAUGACAGCGGGCGAGGAGGUUAUGGAAAAAUUGUUCAACAGAAGAUCCUUCCCAAAAUACCAUAAACUGAUAAUUUUCUACACUGGGACAACUAUUAAGGGAUGUGUACUGUAUUCUUCCCUCAGACUCUUUAAGCAAGUAAAAAUGCAUGUGCAGGGAUAUGUUUUACUUCAGUUAGCUAAAAAUUAUUAUAGGCUCUGUGUAAACUGCAGUUCAUAGUUCACUCUGCAUUUUGUAUCUGGUUUUCCCAUACAAUACAAUCUAGGUAUUUUAUACUGUUGAUCACUUAAGGAUUGUUCACUUAUUUUGGACAUAUACUUAAGAGUAUUAUUUUACUGAAAAAUGUGUAAGUGGUGUAAUUUUUCAUAAAGAACUUUAGAGAAUAUUAUUUUCUCUGGUGAUUUAAGUCAAGAAGUGAGCCAUGUGUGUCUUGCAUUAAAUACAGCCCAUUCUUUUGUUUUCACCAUUACAAAUAUGGUAAAAGAACAUACAUUAAUGUAUUUACUAGAAUGUAAACUGAAAUCAGUUGGACACUGAAUGAGCUAAAAUGUAUAAAAGAUAUUGCAUGUUUACAUAUAACAAACUUGUUCUGUUGGGAAUUGCUUCAAUGUACAAACUUGCUGCUAUCAGUAUUUAAUAUAUGCUGUAUAGAAUAUUUGCAAUGUUCAUGCUUUUCUGGAAAAACAGCUAGGGAAUGAGUUCUCAUCUUUUGGGUUGCCCUACCUUGGGACAUGGCCAUUGUUUUAAAAAUUUAGACCAAUGACAUAUUUAUUAAAUGCACUUUGUUUUUGGAAUCACACUUCCAUUUUACAUAUUGUUGGUGUAUGUCUCCAGUUUACUGUAAAUGUAACUAUAGUGCUCUUUUUAUAAUAAUUAUAAUUUAUUCAUUCUCUUCAGAGUAUUAUCAUUAUGAACUUGAAUGUUAAACACAUCUUUCAUAAUUUACCUAGCAAACUGUACUUGUGUUGGAAGUAAAGAGGUUUUCAGAAA